GGGAGGAUGAUUCCAGAGUCUUCCAGAGAGCAUUGCGGGCGACGUGUUAAAAAGGCCCUACCUUAUCUUGGGAUUUUGCUUUCCAAAAACCCUAAAACCCGUAAAACCCUGAUCGAUUGUUCUACCCGGAGCGAGGCAAAGAAAUGGCCACCGCGGUGGUUCUACGGGCCCUCCGCCGGCGAGAUCUCUCCAGAUCCCUGUCUGGCCAUGCAAAAACAUGGGUUGGUUCCCAUUCCCAUUCAGGUUAUAAGUGGGCAAGUUUGGCCAGGCCAUUUAGUUCAAAACCAGCUGGAAAUGAUGUAAUUGGAAUUGAUUUAGGAACUACAAAUUCAUGCGUGGCUGUUAUGGAGGGAAAGAAUCCUAAGGUAAUAGAGAAUUCUGAAGGAUCAAGGACCACACCUUCUGUGGUUGCUUUUAAUCAGAAGGGGGAGCUACUUGUUGGAACUCCAGCAAAACGUCAAGCAGUGACCAACCCAACAAACACGCUUUUUGGGACCAAGCGACUGAUAGGACGCCGCUUUGAUGAUCCUCAGACGCAGAAGGAGAUGAAGAUGGUUCCUUACAAGAUAGUCCGAGCUCCCAAUGGGGAUGCAUGGGUUGAAGCAAAUGGACAGCAGUAUUCUCCCAGCCAGAUUGGUGCAUUUGUUUUAAAUAAGAUGAGGGAAACUGCUGAAUCUUACCUUGGGAAAUCUGUUUCUAAGGCAGUGAUUACAGUUCCUGCAUAUUUCAAUGAUGCUCAGCGACAAGCUACAAAAGAUGCGGGAAGAAUUUCUGGCCUUGAUGUACAGAGAAUCAUUAAUGAACCCACUGCUGCAGCAUUAUCUUAUGGAAUGAAUAACAAAGAGGGCCUGAUAGCAGUUUUUGAUCUUGGAGGUGGAACAUUUGAUAUCUCAAUCUUAGAAAUAUCAAAUGGUGUAUUUGAGGUUAAAGCAACAAAUGGUGACACUUUCUUGGGCGGAGAGGACUUUGACAAUGCUUUGUUAGAUUUCUUAGUGAGUGAAUUUAAAAGAACCGAGGCAAUAGAUCUCUCAAAGGACAGGCUGGCUCUACAGAGGCUUCGAGAGGCAGCUGAGAAGGCCAAGAUCGAGCUUUCAUCGACAUCCCAGACCGACAUCAACCUUCCAUUUAUAACAGCUGAUGCAUCAGGAGCAAAGCAUAUGAAUAUUACGCUGACAAGAUCAAAGUUUGAAUCACUGGUGAAUCACUUGAUUGAGAGGACUAGAGCACCAUGCAAGAACUGUUUGAAGGAUGCUGGCAUAUCUACGAAGGAAGUUGAUGAGGUUCUUCUAGUAGGUGGGAUGACCAGGGUUCCUAAAGUUCAAGAAAUAGUUGCUGAAAUUUUCGGGAAGAACCCAAGCAAGGGAGUAAAUCCAGAUGAAGCUGUUGCGAUGGGUGCUGCAAUUCAGGGUGGCAUCCUCCGUGGAGAUGUUAAGGAGCUUCUUCUUUUAGAUGUCACUCCCUUGUCACUUGGAAUUGAGACUCUUGGUGGUAUCUUUACCAGAUUGAUCAACAGGAACACAACCAUUCCUACAAAGAAAAGUCAGGUGUUUUCCACUGCUGCGGACAACCAGACGCAAGUGGGUAUUCGUGUGCUUCAAGGAGAGCGUGAAAUGGCUACAGACAACAAGCUCCUGGGCGAGUUUGAACUUGUGGGCAUCCCACCAGCUCCCAGAGGCAUGCCUCAGAUUGAGGUCACAUUUGAUAUUGAUGCCAAUGGAAUUGUGACAGUCUCUGCUAAAGACAAGGCAACUGGAAAGGAGCAGCAGAUUACUAUUCGGUCUUCUGGUGGGCUUUCUGAGGAGGAGAUUCAGAAAAUGGUCAAGGAAGCUGAACUUCAUGCACAGAAAGACCAGGAGAGGAAAGCUUUGAUUGAUAUCAGGAAUACUGCUGACACUACAAUUUAUAGCAUUGAGAAAAGCUUGGGCGAGUAUAGGGAUAAGAUCCCAGCCGAGGUUGCUUCGGAGAUAGAGUCUGCAGUGGCAGACUUGCGCAAAGAAAUGGCAGGAGAUAAUAUUGACAACAUAAAAGCAAAACUUGAUGCUGCAAAUAAGGCAGUUUCGAAGAUUGGGCAGCACAUGGCUGGAGGCUCCAGUGGGUCAGGUUCAAGUGGAUCUCAGGGUGGUGAUCAGGCUCCAGAGGCAGAUUAUGAGGAGGUGAAAAAGUGAAGCAUGAAAGAGUUGGCGUAAUGUGCUCAUGCGAUGCAGCAUCCAUGAGAGCUAGGACAUAGAAAUGGAGUUUCUAUACCAUUUUGUUGUCUACGAGCAGCAGUUUAUUAAACUGCUGGAAACAGAAAUUUUCCUUCUACCGUUUAGCAUUUUUGUUGAAAAAACCCUGCCAAUUAGCUAGGUUUUUGUUUUUCGGCAUAUCGAUGCUGAACAAAUUAUGUUCUAUUGCUUAUACCGUUACUCUUCUUUUACCCUUCUAUUUCAGCAGUGAAUUAUCACAUCUCUAAUCCAGUAUUGCUGUUGAAUAAAGAAUGAUGCUUGCAAAGUUCUUGCUUGAUAUCACGAGUAGGGGAGCAUGACGUGCUCGAAGUCAGAAAAAGAUGAUACCUGUUCUAAUUAUUUGAGCUUCACUCAAGUGUGUGUGGUUUUCUGGUGCGAUCAAAUUUUGCUUGUUUCCGUGCAACAUUUUCUAAUGUCAUGUUGUAAGAUUGCAAUUUCUUUAGCCUGCUGGAAGUCAGAAGAUAGACCGAUCAUUAAUCCAUCAAAUUUGAUAGAUCGGGAUGUGAAAAUCUGAGGAAUCAAAAAUUCCUAGUUUGAGAGUAGCAAUGUUGGGAAGGCCUUAUCACAAGGUACAAAUGCGGGAACAAAUAUUUGAAUAGGGGAGAUGCAGAGAUGCAUAGGAAGCUAUGAAGUUGUUUCUGCUAAAAGAAUAUUGAAGUAUGGCUUUGCUGAGAGAGGUAUGGCGGCUUUCCUUCAUGGAGCCCAAAGACAAUGCAGAGUUGUGAGGUCUUUCUUCCCACUGGUUUUUUUCAGAAAUUGGCACAUCUUGAGAUCGUUAGUUAUUACUUCCAUUAGGUUCUCUUUCGCCUUCUCAUCUUUCCGGAAUUUGGAUCUGUGCCUGGCAUGGACAUUUGACAUGUUUGAACGUAUUACUGUUGUGCUUGCUUUAAUAUUUGAAGGUGUAUCCUUGGCUUUGUCUU